UUGUAUAGAGGGCGCCUCACACUGGGCUCGGCUAAAAACGGCCCAUGACAUCUCUCCUUCUUCUCUCUGGAAUGAGGUAUAUGCAGCACCCUCCUAAACACUGAGAUAUCAUCGGUAGUGAGAGGAAUUUGUUUUAUGAUAUAAUUUAAAGUAUUUGCUUCGCAUUGAAGAGAGCUCUCUGGGAAGGAAAUCGAAAUAAAGAGAAUCCUUGCUUGUGAAAGAUGGAAGCGGAACCGUUAGAGCUGGAGGAUGGUGAAAUAGUCGACGACGAGGCUGGUGAUAUCUUUGGGACAUACAAAAUUUUGCAAAGGCCUCAUAUAGCACCAGUUGCAGACAUAAGUGCAAAGAUGCGAUGCAGUGAUGAAUCUGAUAAUUCCACAGAUUCUGAGAGUGAUUCUGAUUCUGAUUCCACACCUAUAAAGAGACCUAAAGUUAAAGUGAAAAAAUAUAAAAGCUUACCCAAGGACUGGACUAACAAGAAUGAUAAAUACAAAGUAUGGUGCACGCAAGUACAGGAAGAAUCUUUAACUGAAGACUUGAUAUCGUGUGGUGUUACAAAAACAAUGUAUCAGGAACGUAGUGUUGAAAAUUAUAACUUCACUCUGGGAUAUGCACAUAAGAACAGAAAGCUUCGCAAUAAUAACAGUUCAGAUGACGAAAAGGACAUUGAGCGAAGACUUAAUAAUAAAAGAACAACUUCAGACAGAUACAAUGUAAAACUUAGAUUAGGGAGAAGGAAAAGUCCUAAUCGGAAAAGUCCUACUGACUUUGAUAAGCAGAAGGGUUCUGUUAGAAUUAUACCAGAUCUAUCUACUACUGUGGAGUCGACUGAUGCUGAUGUUGCUACCGAUAUAACAACUAAGCUUUGUGAGAAAAAGGAUCUACUGAUAAGAAGAGUUGUGGAUAUCAUUGGCAAAAAGAAAGCUAUUGACUUUUUCCAAGAGACAAGGACAAUCGAGGAAAAUGGUGGAAUGAUGAUAAUGAAUGGGUCUCGUAGGAGGACCACCGGUGGAAUAUAUUUCUGGUUGGUGAAAAACAACAAACAUAUUCCUCAAGAAAAGAUAAGAGAGAUAUUCGAUUACGAUCAGAAAGAAAGUAACGAGCAGAAGAAGAAUAAAGCAAGGGAACAAAAUACCCAGGAUUGUAUGAGAGGCUUUGAAAACAGUUGCGACAAAGAUUUACCAGCUUUGCUAACAAGAGCGGAGCUUUCAACGAGGGAAAUUGCAGAGCAGGCGAGAUUACGACGUGGCGAAGGCAUGGAUAGAAUGCCGAUGGAUUCCGAUCGUACGGUAUCAAAUCCACCCCCGAGCCCUGUAACGGACGAUCCAGAUCAUUCUGAACAUCCGCUGAUGCAGAGGCAUGUUCAAGAUUAUACCGACGAUUUUCUCGACAUUGGAGUAGAUAUAGACAGCAUGGAAGUACUUUAAGACUAUGUUCUAGAUCUUACAUUUGCACAUAUUGCAACAGCAAAUUGUACAAAUAAUUGUAAUCAUACACACAUGCGUACGCACGCGCGUGCAUGACAUACACGACACAUGAGUUACACGAUACAAUACAUAAGUGUAUAAUUUGCAUAGAUUGUAUAUUUACCAUUUAUUCAUAAACGGCAGAAGUAGACUGACAGUAGUGAUCAAAAAAAGUUGUUUGAUUCUCGUAUGAUUUUGUUUUGUUUAUUCAACAUAUUUAAGUUGAAGUAAUUUAUUUUUUGUAUAAUUAUGCUGUUAAAAAUUUCAUGUUUCUCUGAGUUCAAUAAAUGGAUGUAAUUGCUUUUGACACGGAAUUUGCAAUUGUUAAAUGAUUUAUAAUUCGCGACAGAACUAGCAAUGAUUAUUCAAACAUCUUUGAGCCGAUAUUACAUUUACACGUAACAGAUGCAUAGGAAUAUGUAUUUGUGAACAUUUAUAUAUCAUUUAUACACAUGGUGUGUGUAUAUGUAAAUUUUUCUACUAUAUUGUGUGGUAUGUAAAAUUGCAAAUAGGACCUUAUGCCUGUUUCUGUCGUAAAUUACAAAUCUUUUACGGAGAAAUUCAGUUUUAUGUCAAUGAAUGACGAAAGAUUUAACUUAACUAAUUUACGGCGUAAUAAUCUUAUUGAUACUAGAGUUUAAUAAAGGGGAACCUUAUUAAAACAUGAAUCAAACAUCUAUGUUAAAUCAUUUUUACAGGAUUUUCAGUACCGUUACACAUAAUCUGUGUAUAUAAUAUUAAUUGUAAUAAGCACAAAUACGCAAGGAUAAAAUGUAAUUUGUACGAUGUAUUAAACCAAUGUUGUAUAUAAAA